AUGAUGCUCUUGUGGAAACCUCUCCAGACGUACUUCGAGCGGCCUUCACGGCAGGAAGAAUGUGUUCCGCAUGCAUUGCAAUCCAAGCCGCAUUCUAGAAAGAAGACAAAUGCACGUGGAAGGUUUCGAUCGUUAUCGUUGUUCGGGGUCGGAAAAUUCGCCAUUGUACAAGAACUUUUGAUCGCAGGCUGUACAACUGGAUAG